AAUCUUUUAUCCAAACGCUGGCUGCUGUGGCAAAGGCAGGGGGAUUGCUGACAGUCACGUCAGCUCAGUGCUGCUGUCAAGUUUCACUUAGAGUCAUCAAACAGAUCUGGAAAAAACGAGAAGCAGAGUUGUGUGGUGCUGUGAAGUGUUGUCACCUCUCAGUCAAAGCCCUGCCAGCAGGAGCUCAGUGCACUUGUCCCCUGCCCCAGCAGCUGUGCUGCAGCACUCUGCACAACAGCCCAACCUCAGGCAAAACAGCCCAGAUUGGACUGAGAGGCACCCACAGCUCUGUCUGGAGAUGAUGUGCUAAGAAGGAAACACAGAAGCUCACAAAGAAGAUAAUUUUUCUUGAAUGAGAAGGGUGAACAGGAGCGUUGUUUGUCACCUUCAGCCAGAAUGUUGUCUUAUAUCUGCCCGAACUGGGUUCUCCUGCUGCUGCUCACAGGCUCCACAGUAUCAGAAUUAAUUGUGAUAGGAGAGGUUGGUCAGAACAUCACUGUGCCCUGCCACUACAAUGUCUGGAACACAAAUAGCAUCACAUCCAUGUGCUGGGGUCGGGACAGGUGCCCCAAUUCAAAGUGUUCCAAGCCCAUUAUCUGGACAGAUGGCUGGAGGGUGACAGAGCAGCACAGCAGCAGGUACCAGCUGAAAGGGGACCUGCAGAAGGGGGACGUGUCCCUGACGAUCGUGGAUGCCAGGGAAGCAGACUCUGGGACCUACUGCUGCCGUGUGGAGAUCCCGGGGUGGUUCAAUGAUCAAUUGAUUAAUCACAAGGUUGUGGUGAAGAAAGCAAGGAUCUCUACUGCAAGUCCUCACACUUACACCUCUGAACAGACCUCAGCUCCUGGCAGCACCAGUGAAUCCUCCUUUACUGUCACAAGGACCUGGCCAUCGGUUUCUGCUUCAGAAGCUCCUCAGACUGCCUCUACUCCCUGCUCAGGCCCCUCAGACUGCUUGGAUGUGACUGUAAACCUGCAGAACACGUCUGUAUCACUUGCCAGUCAGCAGCAGCCAGAACGUGGGCUGUACAUUGGGAUUGGCUUGUGUGCAGCACUUCUGCUCAUCCUGAUUUUGGCUCUGCUCCUCACUAAACAAUAUUUUUACAACACGAAGAAGAUGGUUGGUUCUGCAGGCUUUGUUGCAUUUUGGAGGCCACGAGGUAUGGGGAGCCAUAGUGCCCUGGAAGAUGAGAAUCAUGCAGAGGAAAACGUUUAUAUUGUGCACUUCCUAUCCGGAAGCGUAGGAAAGAAACACUUGCAGCAUGUAAAAUCUGGAAAUGGAGAAAUGAGACUUCACUCAGACUCUGGAAAGGAUAAGAUCUGGUUUCCUUUUCUUCCACUUGCUGCCCUGGUGUCUCCGUCAGCCAGAAUGUCCCAUUUUGUGCUGUUUCACUGGAUGGUGAUACAGAUCUUUAUAGCACACACGGUGUCCGAAGCCAUUGUUAAAGGGACAAUAGGACAGCCUGUGACACUGCCCUGCUCCUACCGGGUGACGCGGCCCAAGGACGUCUCCGACAUGUGCUGGGGCAGAGGCCCCUGCCCCAAUUCAAAGUGCAAGAACAAAAUCCUGCACACCAGUGGCAGCAAGGUGACGUUCAGAGCAUCUUGGAGGUACAACCUGGGCAGGAACGUCGCCGCUGGAGAUGUGUCCCUGACGAUUGGCGCGGCCAAGGCGGAGGAUGCGGGCGUGUACUGCUGCCGGGUGGAGAUCCCCGGCCUCUUCAACGACAUCAAGAGGAACAUACGGCUGGAGGUGGCCAGAGCCCCUCCAGUGACCACCACCACCACCACCACCACCACCACCCAAGCUCCUGUUUUCUCCAAACAUUUUACAGAAACAACUUUUGCUCCUCAAGCAACCUCUGAUCUCCAGCCAACACCAGAGAUUACUGUCCUGCUGACAACCAGCACCCUUCCACCAGCAACCACAGCCCCCGAGUCUCCAGCAGUAACUACAUGGGAGACCUCUGCUCCCUCAACAAUUGCUGGGACAGAAAAUGAUAUUUUUCCUGUGACUAUGGUGGAAAUGAGUGCUCUCCCAGAUUUUCCAACCACUUCCCAAGCAGGUGAUGUGACAACUGAAGAUGACAUGUUCUGCUCCACACUCCCUGGAAGCACAGAGGUGACUACUGAAUUCCCAGGUACAUUUCCAAGUGCAGAGGAAGCCAGCACCUCUGUCCUGAUGGAAGAGAUGCCAGUCAUGGAGGUUUCAACAAAUUCAGAUGGCAAUGCUGGGAAAUAUGACAAUAGAGGAGAUAAGGUAAAACUUCCUUUUCCCAGCUCUGCCAUUCUCAUUGCCUCUGUCAUAGCGGGGUCAGUCCUUUUCAUACUGAUGGUCUCCUUGGUUUGGAAACGUAAACAUACAAAGAAGUUUAUAGUAAAAAGUGCUGGACCACCAGAAGAGACUGACAAAGUUUUCAGUGGUGCUGAAGGAGAGAACAACAUUUUUUCCCUGUGAAGAACUCCUACAUCAUCUGCAGAUGCCAUGGGAAAUAAACAGGGCCUGUUCCAUGCUGCACUGAGAGAUCCUUGUGAGCCCUCAAAAUAUCAGCGGGUAUAAAACAAAGGCCAAAGCUUCAACUAUGAAAAUUUAAAAUCUUUGUGCAAAUUUUCCCAUAUCACCCUUAAAACUCGCUGCAUAAAGAAGCUUAUUUGAGAAGGGACUUUAUGCAUUAUUCAUGGGUGCUUCUGGCAUCUGCCUUCUUACUAGCAUCGUAUUGCACAAUUGAAUUUGUUUUUCUCCAUUUUUACUAAUGCUCUUCCUUGAAUACAACUUGUACUCUGAGGAACAGAAGAGAUCACAUGGAAGGCUGCCUAUCUUCAAAUUGCCAUAAAGAAAGAAAAGGAAUCAUAAAGUACGGUUUUUAAUGCUUUUAUGUAAUCAAUAGGAAAAUUAAGCAACAAGAAUGCUGUGAGUUUAAAACAAAAAUGCAGAUUACUUAAGGGGUAUCACUACUGCCUGUGAUUCAGCAUGUUUGAAUAACCCUUGGAGAAUAUGUAAAUAAACUCUGUAAUUUGUUGCUGGCAA